AUGACUCGCAUCAGGCUUGUCAUUCUGGCAGUGUCUGUCUUCCUAGCACACAAUUCAAUUGUAACGGCGAUCGAUUAUGGAAGUGCAAGCGCGUGUCCCAAAGCUGCCAAAUACGGAACGGGACCUCCAGAAUCAUGCACUGAACCAACUGAUCCCAACAAUAUGCCUGCAUCAGAACUAGAAUCUUGGUUUACAAAGGAAAUGUUUGAAGAUCUAUUUCCAUUCGCAAAUCUUGGAUGGGGACCAGUCAGCUGUUGGCCAUAUUCUUAUGAGGCUUUCAAGAUUGCUUCGAGAUAUUUUCCAGAGUUUGGAACAUCAAUUAAUGUGACUAAUACGGUGUAUACUGCUGAUGAGAACAAGAAACGAGACUUGGCAGCUUUCUUUGCCCAUGCGGUUCAAGAAACUGGAGAGAAUAAUAUUGCUCUUUACGACACACUUUCUGAUCAAGAUGCUUCGAAUUGCUUCUAUCGUGGAGGUUUCUACAAUUGGUUUGAAGGUGGACCAACCAGCAGUUUCUUGGAUCCAAAAACUCCCGGAUACACUCCAGCCGAUGGAAGCUCAUGUGCUUCUGCUGGUCAAUAUUGCUCAGCUUCCUCACAAAUUACCUAUUUCUAUCCAUGCUCAAAUGAAACAGUUGAGAACACUGCAGCCCCAUACAAAGGAUGCUAUUUCGGUCGUGGUGCCAUUCAGAUCUCAUACAACUAUAACUACGGACAGUUCCAAGAUUGGUUGAAAUCGGUGAACAUCGAUGUGGAUUUGUUGAAUGAACCCAAUCUGGUGAUGACUAAAAUGGAUCCACCACUUGCUGUUUUGGCUUCCUUGUGGUUUUAUAUGACUCCACAACCUCCGAAGCCCGCUAUGCAUGAUAUUGUGAUGGGCAACUGGAACAGUGGAGCCAAGAAUCAAGUUGCUGGAUACACUGGGCCAAUCUUUGGACCCACUUCUCUUAUCAUUAACAAUGAGUGCUCAGGAGAAGAUCCAACAAAUCCAGGAGGACCAGGAGAGUCCAGAAGAAUCAAGGCAUUCAAAUGGUUCUGUGGAUACUUCGACGCUCCAACUGGACCGGAAGAAACUCUUUCAUGCAAAAGUAAGAGUGUUUUUGCAAAUGAAAAUCUAAUAAUUGCUAUUUCAGAUAUGCCAGUUCCAUUAGACCAGAUAUUCUAUAACCUGAGUUUUCAACCAGAUUGGUCUUCCACUUGGAAAGAAGUUCCAUGCACAUGUGCUCCUGCCAGUUAUGGAGGACUCAUCUUCUACUAUGACCCAGAUUAUUAUCCAGACAGUUUUGUUGCUCAAAAUGACUAUAAUCGUCUGAAAUGCAUUGCGAGUAUCUACGCGAAUCCAUCCAUGUACUCCAUGGAUAACAAAACAUCUCCAUGCCUCAACUAUUGA